AUGGGUUAUCCCAGCGGUCGCGAGCACUACCACGAACCUCUUCCCCUCCGUUCUGGGACCCAGCCAUACUGUUCCCUGCUCUUCUCGCAGCGUCAUCGCAAUAACAGGCCUGAGCCCAUCGAUCUCAGUCUAGUCGCCGACUUCGACGAAGACGAUCUCCCUCUCUUUUAUAAAUCACCUCCGGGCCCCACCACUGCAGAGUUACAAGCAGAGAUCAACGCAGAGUUCGGCGCUCUGAUAGGAAACAGCAAGCAGCCCGGGGGAGAAGAUUUCCUUCAACAGAGAGCUCGCCUGCGCCAUGUCCCAAAGAUCGAGCGUCCUUCGGUUAAUAUCCUUGAACCUCCUUCUCGCGGAUAUUGGGCACCUCUAUCUUCAAGCUUUGAAAUGCUCCCGUCUGAGGGCAGCCCAUCACCAACUUCAGAAUAUCAUACUCCACCGCGAAUUCGAAAAGGCUUCCCUAGAACUCUAGACCUUGAGUUGACAAAUCAGCUUGAAGGGCCCCCGUAUGGAAGUAGCUCAUCAUCACCUCAGUCCGGGUCAGUUUCUUCAUCAGACAGCGACAGUCCCGUUCUAUGGAUGCGUCCGCUAGAGCGCAUUCCUCUGUUGCCACCCACUGCCAGAUCACCACGUUUUGAUGCCGAUACACUGCAACCUAUCGCCGGAAAUCCCUACAGACGUAGUUCAUACUUCAAUGACCGUCAUGGUUAUUCGACUGCAGAGGAGCACAGGCCAUGCCAGGAAGACACCAAGGACACAUGGGGAGGUGCAUGUCUCGACUGCUUGUUCUUCGGUGUCUUGUUUGUGUUAUUCAUGUCCGCUAUCUUUUCGUAUGCUUGCAUCGUGCUUUUGUUCUUCCGCAACUGGUCACGUACAUAG